AAAUGUCUACCAUCGUAUCAUCCAACAUUCUCAAAGUCCUUUCGCUCUCACCAGAGGAAUAUCGAAAGAGAAAAGUCGCCUUGAUUUCUGGAUUUUUCUGUUUGACGAUUAAAAACACGAUGAUUCAUUGUUUCUAUCAAGGUAUCACCGGACAAGAUGGUUCCUAUCUUACAGAGUUCCUUUUGGAAAAGGGAUAUACCGUUCAUGGGAUUAUACGACGUUCUUCGUCCUUUAAUACCGGAAGAAUCGAACAUCUUUACAAAGAUUUUCAUGAGGGCCCUAAAAUGAUCCUUCAUUAUGGUGAUUUGACCGAUUCGACCAAUCUUGUACACAUCAUAUCGAAAGUUCUCCCAACCGAAAUCUAUAAUUUGGGCGCUCAAUCCCAUGUAAAGGUUUCAUUUGAUAUGGCCGAAUAUACGGGAAACGUCGAUGCAUUGGGCACUUUACGAUUAUUGGACGCCAUACGAACAUGCGGCCUAACCAGACACGUUAGAUUCUAUCAGGCAUCCACUUCCGAGCUUUACGGAAAAGUAGUUGAAACUCCUCAAUCAGAGACCACUCCUUUUUACCCGCGUUCUCCCUAUGGCGUUGCCAAACUAUAUGCUUAUUGGAUAGUUAUCAACUACCGUGAAGCUUAUAAUAUGUUUGCUUGUAACGGUAUCCUUUUUAAUCAUGAGUCACCUCGCCGUGGACGUACAUUCGUCACUCGUAAGAUUUCACGCGCUGUCGCCGAAAUCUCCUUGGGUAAACAAGAAUGUCUAUGGCUUGGUAAUAUUGAUGCCAAGCGUGAUUGGGGGCAUGCCAAAGAUUAUAUUGAGGGCAUGUGGCUAAUGCUGCAGCAAGAAAGUCCUGACGACUUUGUGCUUGCAACUGGUGAAACGCAUACUGUUAAAGAAUAUGUUGAUAAGGCCUUUUCUGUCAUAGGAAGGACCAUAAUCUGGGAAGGGGAAGGGGAAGAACUCGUCGGUCGUGAGAAAGACACAGGAAUCAUUCGUGUACGCGUGGAUCCAAAGUAUUUCCGUCCCACUGAAGUUGAACUUUUGCUUGGUAAUCCCGCUAAGGCGAAUAAAAUUCUUGGAUGGAAACGAAAGGUGGACUUUGACUCAUUAGUGAAAGAGAUGGUCCUAGCUGAUAUUGAGGGUGCAAAAAUGAAUUCGGAUAAUUAA